AUGGCAAUCAGGCACUUCAGAAGACCUGAAUCUAUUAACCAUACUAGUCUGGAAGAAGAUACCAGAAAUUUAGAGAAAAAGGCUGUUUCUCGAGAUGGAUUGGUUUUGUCACGAUCUGUAAAUGACAUAUUGGAAGAAAAAGAUAGUGACAGCAGUGAGACUGAAAGUAAAAGUGGGAGUGAGAGUGAGAGUGAGAGUGAGAGUGAUGCUGAAAUUACAUAUUAUAAGCCGAUAUUGAUUAGAAAAUCAGAGUCCUCUAAAGAUUUGUUAACCAGAGAACCACCCCUCUCAAUUAAAGAUAUUGAAAAGAAAAUAUUAAAUCAAAGAAUUGAACAUUCUUUAACAGUUACUAAAAACUUAUCACUAAACGAAAUUAAUAUUGAUCAUAACUAUACAACUACUGACAAAGAUCUGCUGAAAAGAACUUUAUUACUUAAUGAUGAUGAUACAAUAGACCAUGAUUUAGAAGAAGAGAAAUGGAAGGACAGACAACAAUUAAGGCUGGAUCGUGAAAGAAAGAAACUGGUCCAAAAGCAAUUGGAGUUCGAAGAAAGACAAGAACGGCUCUUAAAGAGAUCUAUUGCAUCAAUUGUGAAUGAGAAUGAUAACGACAAUGACCACCAAAUUAACAAGAGAUCAUUAAACCGGACAAAAAAUAUAGAAUCCAAAAGUCAUUUUGAAAAGAGAAAACGCAUCAACAGUUUUAAACCACAACGUGUAACUGAUACGACUUUCAACAAAGAUUUACCAUCGUCUUCUCUAAACAAAGACUUAGGAAAACGUAACGAUAGUAAUAACAGAAGUAAUAGUAGUAGUAACGUCAACGAAUAUUCAAUAUUAUAG